GGAGUAGUAGCUUCGGCUCUUCACAGACAUAGACACCAGGUUCAGAAUACCCAGAACAAAGCAACUGCUUGUAAGUUGAAGCUGUUUCUAUCUCAUUGCAAUACCCACCAUGAGCCCAUGACCCAGUCACCUCUAACAAGCUACGAGCCUUAGACUGUGACACCACCAAGGCCAACGACACCACUCCCGUCAUCAUGUCAAACAACAGAAAAACAUCCAAUCCCACCAGUGAGGUGAAAAGGCCCGUUGAAGCCCAGACGACCUCUCGCUCUCGCUCUGAAGUCAGAUCUUCAUCCCGCCCGCGCAACAACAUUCAACCCUCCAAUGCUCAAACCCCCGUGUCAUCUGGUACGAGAAGAAAUGCGAAGGUGGUCAGUGAGCCGAAGAAGUCUGCUGAUAGUCAGCGCGCUCGUUCUGAAAUCGGAGGUUAUACUGCCCCGAAUGGCACCCAUCUGCGGGUAGGCGAACUGCAGAGACUGUCCUGCGGCGUGAAAGUGCCAAAUAAAGACACAGCGUAUUUCCGUCCGAGCUUUGUGGAAGAUCCAUGGAAGGAUGUGAAGCCCAUUAUGACUGAGUGUAGUAAUCGGUGGUGGUGAGUGGUUUUCUUUCUUCUUUUAUCUUCUCUACCACCUUUGUGUUUGUCCAAACCUUCCUGCCCUUCGUAUCUUUUUACAGCUAACCCAAAUUUGAAACAGAUAUGACACAACGGAACUUCAGUUUGACCAUGCAAUAUUUCGGGGUUUUUAUGGUCAUGCGAUGGGAAGUAAUGAUGAAGGUCUAUUGUGAUUCAACGAAUGAAGCAGAUGAUGA